AUGCGGACGCUACGUAAAGGAGUGAUGCCCCCUCGAGUCUCAUAUCCCAACUUCCUUCUUCACCACCUUCAAACCGUCUUUGUCACAUAUUCUACUGAGUGCCAAGCUGAUUUCCUCUCCCUCAACUUGGAAAAGUCGAUACGAAGGCACCUCAUAAUUGGAAGACCAUCGCGCUUCUCAUUGAGGAAGGAGCAGAUCCAUGGUACCGUAUUUGGUCGUGGUCUUUUCACCUAUCCCCAAAUCGCAACGGUCAUGGGCAAUCCGGAAGUAGCGGAGCGAUUAGAGGAAGUAGCCAUGGAAAAGCCUGAAGAUGAGGAAACGGAUGUCUCGUCGAGUUGUUGA